AUGGUCAAGCUGCUGCCGCCCUCGUUCCAGCCCCGGCGGCCCUCGAGCUUCCUGCGCUACGCCGCCUUCGUCGUCUUCGUCGUUGCCCUCUUCUACUACUUCGACCCGAGAUACCCACGAGCAGCAUCGACACAGCUCCCCCCCUUGGACAAGCCCGAGCAGACGCCCCAGAGCCCUGGCCCCGUCGUCCCGCCCCCCGUCCACGCCGCCGACGGCGCCGAGAAGCCCAUCCCCCUCCCCGAGUCGACGCCGGUACCACCGUCCAAGUACACCCCGGAAGAUCCAAAAUACACCGACAACGACAGCGACAAUGCCUCCCCCUCCUCAUCGUCUAAAGAGCACCCCAUCGAUACUCUCAUCCGCGACGCGGACGACACAUUCCGCAACAUGCUGGCAAAGGAGUCCAAGACCCUGACCGCCGCCGCAAAGGCCUACCGCGACCGCCGUGGCCGCCACCCGCCCCCCGGCUUCGACGCCUGGUUCCAGUUCGCCCAGGACCGCCGCGCCGUCAUCGUCGAGGACUUCUUCGACCAGAUCUACCACGACCUGCAGCCCUUCUGGGGCGUCGAGCCCUCGCGCAUCCGCAAGGAGGCCGCCGAGUGGGAGAUGGUCAUCCAGGUCCGCAAGGGCCGCGCCACCCGCAUCAGCGAGUGGUUCUGGACCGUCCACUGGACCAACAUGCUCCAGACCAUCGAGCACCUGCUGCCGGACAUGGACAUCGCCCUGAACCCCAUGGACGAGCCGCGCAUGGUCGUGCCUUACGAGGACAUGGAGCAGUACCUGCGCGAUGCCGCCCUGACCCACACCAUGCCCGAACCCAAAAACGUCAUGAACACAUUCCAGGCCCUGCCCAGCAACAAAAAGGAGCUUGACCGGAACGUCAAGGUUCAGAGCAAGCACUGGGACAAAGUAACGAAACAAUUCUGGCUCAUCGCCCGCCGCGGCUGCCCCCCGGACAGCCCCGCCCGCCUGGCCAAGACGCAAACCACGUUCGACCGCCCACCGGCCAUCUCCAACAAGUACGCCAAGCCGCACAUGCGCGACGGCUACGUCGCCAACUACACCCUCUCGACCCAGCUAUGCCACCAGCCCGACCUACAGGGCCUCAACGGCAUCUUCAUCGAGCCCCUCAGCACCUCGGCCACCCCCGUGCUGUUCCCCAUUUUCGGCGGCUCCAAGCUGGCCGUCAACAACGAGAUUCUUCUGCCCGCCGCCAUGUACUGGACCGAGGAGGAGCGCUUCACUGGCGGCGGCCAACACGGCGGGCCCUGGGCCAAGAAGAAGGACGCAGUGCUCUGGCGCGGCGUCGCCACGGGCGGCCGCAACCGCGAAACCAACUGGCCCGGCUUCCAGCGGCACCGCUUCGUCGCCAUGAACAACGCCACCAAGAUCGCCGCCGCCGAGGAGGACAACGAGGGCGGCGGGGCGGCGGACACCGUCAUCAACUUCUCGCUGCCAGACAAGCUGUACAACAUCGCGGCGCAGGCCGUCGGCGGGCUCAGCGAUUGGGUGCGGUCGUGGGCCAACGUCGGCUUCACGGACCUCAUGUGCGAGCCAGAGGGCGAGGCCGGUUUGUGCAACUACACAAGCCCUUACUACAACCUCACCGAAGGCGUCAAGCUUGCCAAGAUGUACGACGCGAAAUACCUGCCCGAUAUCGACGGCAACAGCUUCUCGGGCCGGUACCUCGCGUUCCUCGGCAGCACGAGCCUGCCGAUCAAGGCAACGCUGUGGCGCGAGUGGCAUGACAGCCGCCUCGUCGCGUGGAAACACUUCGUGCCGAUGGACAACCGCUUCGGCGACUACUACGGCAUCAUGGACUAUUUCCUGGGGUACGGCGAUGAGAGGCCCGGGCACGAUGCCGAGGCGGAGCGGAUCGCCGCGGACGGCAAGGCGUGGGCGGAGAAGGCGCUGCGCAAGGAGGACAUGCAGAUCUACACACUGCGGCUGCUGCUCGAGUACGCGCGCGUGACGGAUGAGAGGCGCGAGCGGAUGGGCUGGGUGGACGAUUUACUGGCGGCACAGACGUCGAGUUGA